GCUCAAGUUCAUUAUAUAGCUUGCAAAAAGAUUGAACAGAUCGCAACGAUUAAAGUAAAUGGAUCAAUCUAAAAUGAUGUAACACGUUUUGUAAAGUUAUUCUUAUGAGUAAACCGCAUAUUAUUAACAGAAAAGUGACAUCUCAUUUCGCUCCCCAUAGAAUUGAGAGAAACCGAGAAUCUGAAUCAUCUGAACCGAGUCAUUCGUAAAGUGAUUCAGUGAUUCGAAGCGCGAGAACACAAACUGUAAUGUAAUGCUAACAAACCAGCUGCAUAUGUUUUCAUGACAAAGAAAAAAAACUCCUGCUGAAUCAACUGAGGUCCACAUGACACAGUUAUAAAGAUGGCGUUUAUUAAAGUAGAGAGUGAAGACUUGAAGAUUGAAGAAACAUUCAGAGUCAAACAUGAAGAUACUGAGGAACAAACAGAUCUGAUCGCACUGAAAGAGGAGAUUCAAGAAUUGAAUGAAACAGAAGAGAAAGAUCAGUAUGAGAAACAUGAUUUCAAAACGGAAGAAAAAUCAAUUAGUUGCUCACAGAUGUCCCCACCAGAAAAAGCUCAAAAAACACAAAACCCAAACCUUAGACCUUGCACCUGCCAACAGUGUGGAGAAAUUUUCAUUAACAAAGAAAGCCUUGAAGGCCACAUGAAAAUUCACAUGGAAAAGAAGCCAUUAAUAUGUCCUCAGUGUGGAAAAUGUUUUGCACAGAAAAAUCACCUUAAUGACCACGUGAGAACUCACACUGGAGAGAAACCUUACACCUGCGAACAGUGUGGAAAGAGUUUCACAAGUAAAGGAAACCUUAAUUCCCACAUGAGAAUUCACACUGGAGAAAGACCAUUUACCUGCCAACAGUGUGGAAAAACGUUCAGUCGAAAAGAAAGCCUUGAAGUCCACAUGAAAAUUCACGUCGAUAAGAAGCCAUUAAUAUGUCCUCAGUGUGGAAAGUGUUGUACAUGGAAAAGUCAACUCGAUUCCCACAUGAGAAUUCACACUGGAGAGAAACCCUUCACCUGCGAACAGUGUGGAAAGAGUUUUACACAAAAAACACAACUUAAUGCCCACAUGAAAAUUCACACUGGAGAGAAACCUUUCCCCUGCAAACUGUGUGGGAAGAGUUUCACGCAUAAAGUCAAUCUAAAGACUCACAUGAGAACUCACACUGGAGAGAGACCUUUCACCUGCCGACAGUGUGGAAAGAGCUACAGACAUAAUGUAAACCUUAAUAAUCACAUGAAGUUUCACUCGAGACCAAUCUUUAACUGUUAUCAGUGCGAGAGAAGUUUCACAGACGUGAAUGAACUCAAGAAUCAUGUAAUGGUUCACACCAAAGACGACUCCUUCAUGUGCCAUCACUGUGGAAAGAGUUUCUCAAGAAAAGAUAUCCUCAAUAUUCACCUGAGAGUUCACACCGGAGAGAAACCUUUCCCCUGCCCUCAGUGUGGAAAGAGCUUCACUGCUAGAGGAAACCUUGCAACUCACAUGAGAGUUCACACUGGAGAGAAACCGUACAAGUGUCCUCGCUGUGAGAGGAGUUUCACAUAUAAAAACAGCAUGAAACUGCAUUUGCAAACUCAUUCUGGGAAGAAAUCAUUUUCCUCAGAGUGACUAGGUUUAGAAAAAGGAGUGAUUUCUACAAACUUUUGCACAUUCUUUUUGGAAGACAAUUUAAUUGUGAAAAGUAUUUCAUAUCAAUAUGACAUGAAUGUUAAAAUAUUUUGAGGUUGAAGUCAUAGCAAAGCCAGUGUAUUGAAAAAAGCAUGAAAAAAAAAAUGAUAAUGUGAAAGCUCAACCAACUACACUGCAAAACAAUUAAUAAAUAUCUGUGGCGUCCA